AUGGAAGCUUCUGAAUCUUAUUGGAUUAGAACAUACUUUAGUGGAGCAUAAGGAAAUGACGUAGUUAUGAAGCGUAAACCGAAAACUUUAUCUGUAGAAGAUGCUUUUAAGAAUUCAGAUUUCCACAAAAGAUUUAGUAGAGAUUUGCUUGACCAUAGAUACCCAGUAGAGUUUACUUUAAAUGAGAAUAAAAGAUAUGAAGAUGAUCAAGAUGAAGUUAGAUAUGAAAUCAAGCAAAUCGAUGAUAAGGAAUAUUUGGUAUUCAUAUUUUCAUUAGUUAAAGUAGCUUUUGCGAUGGAUGAAGCGCAGUUAUUUAAGGGGGUGAAAGUUAACUUUGAACUAAGGUCUGAUAGAUUAAGUUCAUUCUCAAAGGUGAAUAGUUUUGGGGUUAGUAUGCUUGCAAAUAUGGUUAUGAUUCUAAUCUUUUUUGGAAUUUUGUAUGCUCUUUUCCCAAUUUUAAGAUAAACAAUUUUUGGAUUCAAACACAUCGAGAAAGUAGAAAAGCCAGAAGAGUAUAAAAAAUGA